UCCUCCCCUCUCCCCUCUCCUCUCCUCUCCUCUCCCUCCUCAGUUUGAUCUGCCAGCCUCGUGUCUGGGUGAGCUGGAGGGUGAAAUCGACGAGAGCAAACUGCACCUCGUACUGACCAACGGGAAAAUCCUGAGUAAGAAGGGGGUGAAGUCGACGUCGGGCUCCGCCCGUUUCCAGCCCCUGCUGGGACCCCUGGAGGGGGUCGGGGGGGUGCGGGGCAGCUUCGAGUACGACUCGGAGGAGGACCUGCAGAUCGACGAGACCCCCAAGAGAAAGAGGAGACCCCCGCUGAGCAAGAAGAAACUGGCAGGCCUCCCCAGGAAGCUGCCGAGAGCCAAGCCCUGCUCGGACCCCAAUAAGGUCAGGGAGCCGGGAGAGGUGGAGUUCGACAUUGAGGAGGAUUACACCACUGAUGAGGACCCCCCCACACUGCAUGAUGGGAAGCAGGGGGGCGCGGGGGGGAUCCUGGACCUGCUCAAAGCCAGCAAGCAAGUGGGGGGGCUGGACCCUGCAGCACUGAGCGAGGACGCUCCAGCCUCUCCCAGCACUCAGGAAGCAAUCCAGGGCAUGCUGUCCAUGGCCAACCUCCAAUCAUCUUCCUCCUCGGGGGCAGGAGGAGGCGGGGCCUCCUGGUGGGGAGGCGGGGCCGAGCGAGGAGGGGGCAGAGCUGGGAAGGCGGGGCUUGUGAUGCAGAGGCCAGGGAAGCGGCCAAUCAAACGGCCCGCUCGCAGGGACAGCGAUGCUGGGGAGGAGAGUGUGGACGAGCAGGAGACUCUGGGGACCUGUUUCAAGGACUCGGAGUACAUCUACCCCUCCCUCGAGUCCGACGAGGACGACCCAGCCCUGAAAUCGAAAAACAAGAAGAAGAAGAAUUCAGACGAUGCCCCCUGGAGCCCCAAAGCCCGCGUCGUCCCCACGCUCCCCAAACAGAACCGUCCCGCUCGGGAGGGUGCAAGGGUCGCCUCUAUCGAAACAGGACUGGCUGCAGCCGCUGCCAAACUGGCACAGCAGGAACAGCAGAAGACCCCCAAGAGGAAAUAUGUGAAGAAGCGCUCUGCCCCGAAAGAGCCCCCGGCCCCCCCGGCAGUGCAGAGCCCCCCCCUGCAGAGCGGGGGCGCUGUGGAGCAGGAGUCCUGCCCCAGCAGCGUGGAGGAGCUCGUGACGGAGCCCCGGCUGGACCUGUACUCCGGGAGCCUGGCUGAUCAUGAGUACACAGCCGGACCCAGUGCCUUCGGGCUGGGGGGACAGAGAGGGACCACCCCCACGGCUCCGGGGGUCUUCUUGAACCAGAGGAGGGGCUCGUCCGGCUCCCCCCAGAGCAGCGGGGGCCCCCCGGCCACGCCCACGGCCCCCGGACAGGCAGGUAAACGCCCAAAGAAGGGGCUGGCAACGGCAAAGCAGAGACUGGGCAAGAUCCUUAAAAUCCAUCGGAAUGGGAAACUGCUUCUGUGAGACCAGGAGGGGGAAGGAGGGAGAGGAAGAGAGGGAGAGGAAGAGGGACGAAGCGAGGGAGCGAGCACAGCACUGUGACCUGAGUAAUUGAUUGGUUCAGUGUAUUCAGUGACCGUUUGAUGAUCUGCUAGGAUUUGUGCCUCUCUCUCUCUCUCUCUCUCUCUCUCUCUCUCUCUCUCUCUCUCUCUCGUUGUACAGAUGUUAAUUUUUGUUUUAAUUUUUAAUUUUUCUAUGUGUAUAUAUAUUGUGUCGCUAGAUAGAUGGGGUGGGGGAGGGGUGGGAUUUGGGUUUUGUGUUUUGUUGUAAAAUUAAAAACCAUCCGCACACAAUGAAGAAACAAAGGCUUGGAAUCUCAAGACGAGGGAACACUGGAAGCCACUUUUUCAGGAGACCGCCGGCAGGGGACCUAGUUUGAGGUUUGCUGUAUCAAAACCCCCAAGUCUCCCUUCCUGGUGUGCCGCGCAGCGUCCUGAACCCCAGCAUCCUGAACCCCAGCGUCCUGAACCCCAGCAUCAUGAACCCCCAGUCACCUGAACCCCAGCAUCCUGUACCCUGGUCUCCUAAAACCCAGGUCUCCUGAACCCCAGCGUCCUGAACCCCGGUCUCCUGAACCCCGGUCUCCUGAACCCCAGCGUCCUGAACCCCGGUCUCCUGAACCCCAGCGUCCUGAACCCCAGCAUCAUGAACCCCCAGUCACCUGAACCCCAGCAUCCUGAACCCUGGUCUCCUAAAACCCAGGUCUCCUGAACCCCGGUCUCCUGAACCCCAGCAUCCUGAACCCCAGCAUCAUGAACCCCGGUCUCCUGAACCCCAGCAUCCUGAACCCCCAGUCACCUGAACCCCAGCAUCAUGAACCCCCAGUCACCUGAACCCCAGCAUCAUGAACCCCCAGUCACCUGAACCCCAGCAUCAUGAACCCCCAGUCACCUGAACCCCAGCAUCAUGAACCCCCAGUCACCUGAACCCCAGCAUCCUGAACCCUGGUCUCCUAAAACCCAGGUCUCCUGAACCACGGUCUCCUGAACCCCGGUCACCUGAACCCCAGCAUCCUGAACCCCGGUCUCCUGCAGGAAUUUUUUUUUUUUUGUUAUGGAUAGUUUUUUAAAAAAAAAAAAAAAAAGGGGGGGGGGGGGGGGUUAAUAGUUACAUAUUUUUUACAAAAAAAACCCAGUAAUAAUCCAAAAAAAAAAACAAGAAAAAUCUGUUUAAAAUAUUUUUCAGCUAGAAUGUGUGAUUUCAUUAUUAUUAUUAUUAUUAUUAUUAUUGUUGUCUGUAUUACUGUUAUCAUUGUGAAGUAAUUAUUAUUAUUGUUAUUAUUAUUAUUAUUAUUAUUAUUAUUAUUAUUUAGUUUUCUAACUCGAUCUUAAGAUGUACAUUUUUUUGGUUUGUUUUUUAUUUUUUUAUUUUUGGUCCCGCUGUGCUGCGAUGGAAUUAAAAACCCGUCCUGAAGGAGCUUUCAGGGUGGAUAAGAGCCCGGAUCUCUCCCAAUUCUGCAACACAACACAGAAAUACAAACUCCACACAGCCGGCAUUGAAGAUUGACUUUAAAAUAAUCUCCUAAAAAAAUCCCAGCGGGAGUCUAUCUUCUGAAGUCGUGAAUUCAGCCCCCUUGUAACCCGUGCUGGUUUAAUUGCCCGGAUUUCACCCCAGUUUGCUUUGUAAUAAUGCAAUUCACUCUCUUACUCGCCCACCAGGGGGAGCAGCGAUCACUCAUAAUGGAAGCCUGCCUUCUGCACCAUGCAGUGAAUCCGCGUGAAUUAAACACGCGUGAAUUAACUGGGGGGGAGCUGAAGAUGAUAUUCCCGCGGGAUUCAGGCCGGACAUUAUUUUAUAGUAUUGAAUAAGGUAGUUCUUUUUGUUUUUUGUUUUUUUAAAACGCAAAACGGUCAGAGAUCAAAAGCCAGAGUUUCCCUGCAUUUUAUUUCCUUAAAACACUUCAGUAUUAACUAUAGCAAAGUAACGGGGGUAGUUUAUUAUUAUUAUUAUUAUUAUUAUUAUUAUUAUUUACACGUUUGUGCUUAGUUUUUGUUUAAAUUUUAUUUUAUUAAAAAAUAAAACCGGGACAAACUUUGUAUGGGGGGGCGUGGGGCGUGGUUAAAACCGGAUGCAGGUGUGUGACUGAAGUUUUUUUAAAAAAAUUUUAUUCUAACGUCAAUGCUAUUUGUCUCGUACGUGAAGCUCGGAGCGACUUUUCAGACUCGUUCAAUGUUUAUUUUAAUUUUGCUUGAUUUUUUUUUUUUUUAAUAGACACGACGAUAUUUCAGUGUUCGAUGAAAAAUAAAAUUAUAUUUCACAGUUGUUGGGUUGGGGAGGGGAGGGGGGUGCAG